GUCAGUUACUCUCAAGCAGAACACUUUUACUACAUACGGAGGACAGGACAAAGGAUGGACGGGAGCUUUGGCGAAAAACAGCCCCAGCGCUCCAUACAAGUUACCCACUUCCCCUCGUUCAUGGCCAAUUGUUGCUCGUUGUUUCUUUUCUCCAGGCUGCACGUCAUUAUUUUACGCGGUACGGCUCCGUACAGAGCUGUUUGACAUCCCAUCGCUCGGGUCAUAUCCAGCAUUCCGGAGCCCAGUCCUCCGUCGCUACUUUCAGGCUCUCAACCUCUGAGAGGGAAUGAAUUGGAAAGCCUAACUUUACAUUAUUAAUGUGGCCUUGUGGGGUCCUGAGUUCCUCUCGAACCCUCGAUCAUCCAUGGGGUUAUCGGUCAUCCUAGACUUCCAAGACAUGCAAGCAACAUGAAAUUAAUCAAAAUAGCACUCCAGGCAUUGCCCGUAUCGAUUAUCAAUGCUAUCUCCUUCUUGUGCGGAACACAAUCAACGCUUUGGACAGAUGAUGCAUCCAGACUUUGGAGGCGAUACCGUGCCCCUCGUUGACUCAGGCGGAGGGAGCGCUCAACGGCCCUAUCAGAUUCUCGAAUUAACAGCUGAGGGGGUUAUCUUUUUUCGUUCUUUGUGUGCCGUAACUUGUGCAACAUGAGCUUGAGGCGGAUUGGCCGACUGACGCCAACACAGCAAUCACCCUCUCCGAAGCUUUUCUGCACAGAGAUUCUCGGUCGAGUCCUGCUGAUAUCAGAGACAGAGAGGCUAAAUAAGUGUUUCAAUAAUGAGUGGUUCGGAGGCAGUAAUCCGGAGUGCCGAGGGGGUAAUUUUUUUAGAGUGAUUAGGCCGGAAGCUUUGACCAGCUGUAUGUAUCAACCGUACUCGACAGACCGAUACACGCCUGGAAAUGACUGGCUGCGUGGGAAUUUCAGCGUCAGAACGAGCGGAAGUUGGUUUGGACCCGAAAAGCCCCCCAAGCUCCCUCCCAGCACGCCAAGCGAUCUCCCGCCCUCGAAUGGAUCUUCAGCCACACACGGAGGACUCGGUCCCCCAGGCAUAUGUAUCACCGUUUUAUAUCCCGUCGAUGUCUUAACAGCGGAACAAAUGGGAGCAACCCCCUACAUCCGCGCUGCGGACGAGGAAAUUUACCAGUGUGGGUCGAACCGCAAUAAGUUUCCUCGGAGAGCCUUGAUUAAUGCAAGUCAUCGCAGAUCACAUCCCGAUGGCGGGAGAUGA